AUGCCCAGGCUGAAGGACCAUCCACCUGCGAGCAGGAAAUCACAAAGAUUGAUUACGAACCAGACGGAGCAAACAGACCGCCCCAUCGACGACCCGACCCGAUCAGAAAGCGAAACAGACUCUCGCCCAGGCACCAAGUCCAGUGUCGAGGACGAAAUCGAAGUUGCAUCUUCUUCGCGGUCCCCGGAGCUCAACGUGAACGCACAAGAAAACAACCCCAGAAUGAUGGGCGACGCAAACGACCCAGCCAGCGAGAUCGCUAGGCUAGAAGCGGAAAUACUUAGGCUAAGAAACGCGUUGAGAAACGACACACCCAGCCCCAGGCCCUACAGAGAAUUAAGGCACCGAGAGCCAUCAGUGGAAAGUGCGUUCGGCGGAACGAGUUUCAAAGCAAAAGGGAUGGCCGCUUGGCCAGCCUUUACCGAGUUCCAAGGAACAGGCGGCAUCAACCCUAUUUACAAUGACAAAGCAAAAGCCAGAGCCGAUUCACCCCCAAAGUUCGCAGGAGACAAGACGCAAUUUGAUAGCUGGCUGAUAAAGGUGGCCGACAAAUUCGAAGAAGAUGUCGCCAUUUUUAGGACCGAGAAAAGUCGGAUGCGUUACCUGAUGAAUUUGCUCGAGGACAAAGCCGAGAAAGCAAUGAUUACUCGUUACGUUUCAGUUACACGCCCCUUUUCAUCAGUAGCCGAGAUGAUCCAAAUCCUAGAGUCCAUGUACCACGACCCCAACCAGUCCAUAGCUGCCAGAGAAGCCCUUAAGAAACACGAGUUUGAGCUAGGCAAGGGCCAAGAUAUCCACGAGUUUAUUGCCACGUUUAAUUCACUAGCCCAGCAAGCAAAGGUUCGGGAAGAAGACUGGAAGCAAACCUUGUGGGGAUGUAUACCCGCCGACCUCGAUCACCGUCUGCUGCACGAUAGUGAGAACAUCGACAUAGACUACGAGACGUUUUGCCAGAACGCCGCUUAUAAAUAG